AUGUUAACACAGGUACCGCCACGGUUGUUUGUGAUUUUGGAUGAUAACACGAUCAGUGACGCUACCCGCGACCGUCAGGAGGAACGAAGGCCCAAGAAGAGGGCAAGAGUCGAUUCAGACGACGAAGAGGCGCCCCAGCCGUCGGUCAAAAGAGAUUCGUCACCAGGUCCGGUGUACACUCGCGACCCUGAUUACUACCAGGACCAUGGAGAUAAUCUGGCGCAUAUCCUUGUAGGAGCAGUGAUGUUCAAGUUCCCGGGAAUCAAGCUCGAUAGUUGCCCAACUUUGCUAGAGGCAUGGAGAAAGCACGGGAAAACGACAGAAAGCAACCCGCUCGUGUUCAAGACAAUCACUCUGGAAGAAUUUAGGGCUUUUGCAUGGGCGAUUCACGCGUCAACAACGGAUCUGGAUACCUCCCCUCAUGAACCCACGUACCUAGAACGUCUCGCGCUGAUUGCUUCAAUCACCCAGCGAUACAAGAUGCAAAUCCUGGAAAACUGGUGCCAACAGUUCCUCAAAAAUCUCGUCGCCGACACCGUUUUCCUCAGCUCGUGCUCGUCUGCCUGUCUUACCCACCUUGUCCAUUCAUCCGUCAUAUUCAACAAAACCGGUCCUAAUAAGCAGCUCGAGAUCCUCGUCGACCGCUGGAUCCGCCGGAUCGAGAACAAGGACACCCCCUGUGCACCGGCCAUCAUCGCCGCGGACCGCUUCAACCUCAAGGAGCUCCGCGCCGUCGCGUACUACAACCACCUGCAGGACAUGGUCGAGGGCCUCCCCAGCAAUGAUCGCGGUGCGAUCAUGCUCCGCGCCGACCCCAAGCUCAACAACGGCCAGGUCAUGCGCCUCCUCGCUGGCUAUCUCUCUCUCGUCAGCAUGUGGGAGCGCCUGAGGAUGUCCCCACUCGACCUUCCGCGGGCCGCCACUGGCGCGUGCACGGCCGCGACGCACGCCAAGUGCAAGACGACGUGGGAGAAGCGCUGGACGUCGGCCGUGGGCUGGAAGCGCAUUUUGAGCAUCAACUCGUCGGAUAUUCUCGCGCUGCUUGCGUGCUUGCGCGAUCAGCUUAUGAACGAUGAUGACCUCAGGGCGGGGAUGGAUCCGGACUGUCGCUUGGCGGGCCUCGAGGCGCUGCGUACGCUCAGGACCAAGGUUAAGGGUGAUAUUGACGAUCACUUCUACGGCGUUGUGUAA